AUGCCCCUCGCCCUCCCGCUUGGCAUUGGAAUCGACCACUCCCCCGCCCUCAUCGCAACCGCCGGCAUCCAAUCCACACUCCAGAACGUCAACGCCUCAUGGCUGACCUACGACUUCAACGACGAUCGCGAGGAUCUCGUUAGCCAACUCAUUAAUGGUCAUCAAGUGACGCAUGUGUUUGUGUACCUUGUGCCGAAACAGUUGGCGCUUCUGACGGUGAGGGCGAUUUUGACGAAAUUGGCUGGAAGUGGCGUUGUUGUGUGCUGCCAUAAGUUCUAUCCGGAGUAUCUCACGCCAGCAAGGCGAGAUACUUUGAUGGAGUUGGUGGUCUAUGACGAGACGAGUUGA